AUGCAUUUUCUUGUACUUCUCUGGCUCUUGGCCUCAUUGGCCUUGGGCAGUCCUAUCGCAAGGAACAAAAACCAGAGUCAGUCGUUACAAAAUUCUCGCGUCCCUUGGAAAGGGUUUGACAUCAACACCAAUUACUACAAAACUGCCCCCAAAACUGGGGUUGUCAGGGAGUACUUCUUCGACAUUGUCAAUACCACUCGCUCGCCGGAUGGUGUCAAGCGGCAGGUGCUUCUUGUCAACGGUCAGUUUCCAGGGCCCACGAUUGAGGCUAAUUGGGGGGACACGGUGAAGGUGCAUGUCACCAAUCGUAUGCAGAAUAAUGGCACUGCCAUUCACUUUCACGGAAUCCGGCAAUUGAAUAACAACCAGAUGGACGGAGUGACUGCUCUAACCCAAUGUCCUGUACCUCCCGGGUCGAGCUACACUUAUGUGUGGAAGGCUGAACAGUAUGGCUCGAGCUGGUACCAUUCACAUUUCUCUCUCCAGGCCUGGGAGGGUGUCUUCGGAGGGAUCGUAAUUCAUGGCCCCUCAACGGUUGACUAUGACGACGACUUGGGGGUUCUUUUUCUGAACGACUGGCUGCACGAGACAUACCAUAGCAUUUACCAAGAGGAUCUCAACAGUGGCAAGUUACCUACCAUGGUGACGGGCCUGUUGAACGGCACAAAUGUCUGGGUUCCUAAGCAUGGCCCUACCGUUGGCCGACAAUUCCACACGACCUUUGUCCCUGGUCGGAGAUACCGGAUCCGUCUGGUUAAUGCCGCCAUGCACACUCAAUUCAAGUUCUCGAUCGAUAAUCAUGGCCUCACUGUGAUCGCAGCCGACUUUGUCCCAAUCGUGCCCUUCAAGACGAACAACGUCCCAAUCGGCAUGGGUCAGCGGUACGAUAUCAUUGUAAUUGCCAACCAAAGACCAGAUAACUACUGGAUUCGAGCGAUGCCGCAGUCGUACUGCAGUAACAACACGGCGGCAGGCAACAUCAAAGGCAUUCUGCGUUACAAAGGGUCCAAUCCAAACUCGGAUCCGCGAUCAAAGAAAUGGGAUUAUGGAGGGGAUGUCGACUGCCAGGACAUCCCUGCGUCGAAACUUGUUCCAAAGCUCGCGCUGAACGCAGAUCUUGGCGAGACAAACACAGUGACGUCGGGUGUCGGCUUCGGGCCCAACGGCAAGCCACCUAUCUACCUCUGGAAGAUGGGGGGUGAGAUCUUCAAUACCUCCUGGAGUGACCCGACUCUACUGCAAACCUCCGAGGCUCCUCAGAAGGCCAGCUGGGAGCCGGGCCAGGGAGUGAUCAAGGCGAGCGUAGCCAAUCAAUGGACCGUGCUCAUCAUUCAGACGGUCAUUCCCGCCGCCCAUCCCAUUCAUCUACACGGUCACGAUUUCUACAUCCUAGCCCAAGGCCUGGGAGUCUACGACCCCCUCACCAUCAAACUCCAAACCGUGAACCCUACGCGCCGCGAUACCCUCAACCUCCCCGCUGCAAAGGGAGUAGGCGGGUACGUCGCGAUCGGCUUUCCGGCUGAUAACCCCGGCGCGUGGCUGAUCCACUGCCACAUCGGCUUCCACGCGACGGAGGGCUUCGCGCAGCAGAUCAUCGAACGACAGAGUGAAUUUAAGGAGUUCUUGGAUAGAGAUGUUCUUGAGAACACUUGUAAUGCGUGGAACGAGUGGGCCGAGACGAAUCCUUACGGGUUUCAGCACCGGGGUACGCAUGGGCCUUACGAGUCUGGGAUCUGA